CACUAUGGGCUGUGGGAGCUCCAGACUCACGGUGGUGGAACCUGUAAAACCAGGCAGCCUCGACACCACAGCUGAGAUUGAACCGGUGUGCGGGAGUCCUCGUGGUGACUCAGCCGUCUCUAAAAACACAACAGACAGUGGAGUUGGUCUGGACACAGGAGAGACCUAUGUUCCAUCCAGGACAGGUCCUAGGAUUCUCCCACCACUGCAAGCUCAGAGUCCAAGUCUGACUCAGGAGAGCCAGAGACAGGAGUCUAGUGUGAUUCUGGAGCAGCUGCUGAAUCAGGGCAUCAUCCCAGCCCAAAGCAGAGUGGCAAGCAGCGGAGAAGCUUAUAACAUCAUGCUGGCUGACUCAGAGGGGCCGAGGAAGAGACCACCACCUCGCCUAGAGUCACUGAAGAUCCGUAAAGAACAAGAACUCACUACAAAGGAAGACCUUGAUGAGAAGAUGAAACAAGUAGAGGAAAGGAGGAAGGUACGGGAGGAAGAGCUGCGAAAUAGACUGAGGGUUAAAUCUGCACGGCCUCGUGGAACCGCUCUUGUCGAAGUCGGGGAGGUGAGUGACCCAGAUGUAGAUUCUCCUCCAUCUUCUGACAUCCCAACCACAGUGAAAGAUCCUGAUCUGGGCAGCAGUGGAACAGCAGCAGCUGACCUACUCUCCUGUGCAGGCGAAUGA